AUUUAAAAAAAAAAAAACUCAACAACCCUACAAUCGUUUGCUCUCAGUCGCCUGUUCCCUGUCCUCCUCCUCCCCCUUCCGCCUCUCCGCCACUCCCUCUGCGCGCUACAAUCGUGCACCUCCUGCCUCCGGCCGAUUGUCCCUCUUCUCUUCACGCUGUCAACGUCUUCGCUGCGUACCUAGUCCUGAUUGCUUAUUCGUUAUCUCCCACGCCCUCUGGUCCUUUCUAUCACUGCCUCCCUGGUUCAGGUUGCUGUUCCCUCUCCAUUGCCGUGCCCUCAGGUCAUUUUUGUCGCUGCUCAUUCGAUCUGGUAAUUGUCAAGUAAUUCUGGUCCAAUCCUUUUGCUGUUUCUUGGUGGUCGUCGCUGCUGGUACCCACCCUCAGUCACGUUGCUGCUGCGUUGCUCCUCUCCAUUCUAUUUAACAUCCUCAUCCUGUGCAGGUAGAGAUUAUGAACAAUAAGCGGAGUAGCAUUCUUAUCUGAUCAAAACAGAUCAGUGAGAGUAGCGGCAGGGGGAGGACAAUGGAGGAGAGGCGUGUAAGGAGGUACGGAAGGGGACAAACUAACACUCUUCUGCCCCUCCGAACCGCAGAAACUCGAAUCCGCCGUCUAUCAAACACCAUUUCCUGCUGGUAUUGCGAUUACAAAAUCUCAGCCUUGAAUGUUCCCCUUUUCCGAUUUGGAAGGAGGCAUGCCGGAUUUUUGCGUGUUUGGUUUUCAAUUGGGGUCGGCUUUACCCUAACUGCAUUGGUUGUAGUCACUCUGAUUCUUCUUUGGGUAUUAGGCAGUUCUCUGCAGAUUUUUCGUGGAAACACAGAGUUAUCCAAUAUUCUCAGUUCCAUAAUAUUUGGGUUUUCUCCUCGGGUUGGCAUUUUGACGAUGUUGUACUUAUUUUGUUUUAUGGACAAUGUGAAAAUACUGAUGCUGUUUCUGCUUCUGAUUCUUUCUGUGCAGGUCUAUGCAUUAAGACUUUCACUUGCUGAUGCUUCUUAUUUAUUGCUUUCUACUUUGAUAUCAAUAUCUGUGCAUGAAUUUGGGCACGCCCUUGCUGCUGCAAGUGAGGGCAUACAAGUGGAAUACAUAGCCAUUUUUGUUGCAGUUCUUUUUCCUGGCGCUCUGGUGGCUUUCAAUUAUGAAUUGCUGCAGAUUUUAGAGCGGUUUGCUGCUCUUCGUCUGUACUGUGCUGGCAUUUGGCAUAAUGCUGUGUGUUGUGCAGCUUGUGGAUUGGUGUUAUUUCUUCUACCCUUGAUCUUGUGUCCUUUCUACAUGCAUGGCAAUAGACCCAUGGUUUUUGAUGUGCCUUCUACUUCUCCUUUGUCGGGUUAUUUGUCUCCUGGUGACGUGAUCAUGUCGUUGGAUGGUAAACACAUUCACAAUGAACAAGAAUGGAUGGAGAUGACUUCCGUAAUACAUGAACGAGCACUUCAACAUUCAAAUCAUUCAGAAAAUUCCAUAGGUUUUGCCAUGAUCCACAACAGAAAGGGUUAUUGUGUUCCUACUUCUCUGAUUGAAGAAAGCAAGAAGAUUCAUUUGGUAUAUAAUCAAUCAUCUUGUCCUGAUGACCUUACUGAAUUUGUAGCCAUUCAAUGCUAUGGUUCCAGUAAAUUAGAUGAUGUGAGCAAUGGAGACGAUCAUCUGAACAAAAGAGAGAGUAGGCUUUGCUUGAAGGCUACUGAUGUUGUCAAACUUAAUAAAUGUAGUGAUGGAUGGGUUACAGAAAUAACCAAUGGAAGCAGCUGCAUAUGUUCGCAGGAUGAAACUUGUUUAAGCCCUGUCGAGUUACCUGGGUUAAUAUGGGCUGAGAUAACCUAUUCAAGCCCUUAUUCUCCAGAAUGCUUGCAAGUUGGAAGGAAAUCUUUUCCACACUCAGAAACUGCAGACUUCACUGAAGAUAACUGUGGUGGGACUUUUGUCUUCGUUGGUGAUGUGAUCUCCAUGGCGCACUCCAUUCACUUAACUUCUUAUCAACCACGUUGGGCUUUUGGUUGGAGUGCAUAUAUUCCCAAAGUACUUGAAAAGAGCUUAAUAUUCACAUUUCAAGUGUCUCUUACACUAGCUCUCCUCAACAGCUUGCCAAAUGACGGGCCUAGCAGAAAUCAAAACUCUGUAGUGGAACAGUCCCCUAAUGACAAAAAACAAUUACCUGGAUUCAUCAGAUUAUAAAUACUUUUUGGGUGAAUACAUGGGGUUUUUUCAGGUGUAUUUUUUGGAUGGUGAAUCUAUUCUAGAGGCAGCUUUGUGCCACUUCACCUUGCUGGGCCCAAGGAAGAGGGCAGAAUUUUUACGAGCCUGUCUUUUAGGGGGAACUAUCAUUUGCGUGCUGGCCUUUGUCAGGAUCUUCUUCUUCAACUUUUUGUAAUCAAACAG